AAGCUACUACGCUGCAUGUCUGACAGCUGCCACUGUAAUGAGAAACAGACUCAAGAGAAAGGAGGAGCGAGUUGUUAUUCAAAGGCAUAAUCGAACAGAAAACAGGAGUGAGAAAGAAUGUGCAUAAAAAACUAAAAGAUUAGAAAUUGGCAAACCAGAAAGGAAUCUGUUCCAGCAGUGGUUGGAAGAAUCAGGAUUACUCAGAGGUUAAAGAAAGUUUAGGGACACAAAGAAAAAGAAGAGCAGCGCAUUUAAUAGUGAGUAAAAGUUUAAGAAAUGCUGUCCAAGGAUAUCUCAGCUCUAUAUUUGGUGCUGUGGGUCAGUUCUUGUGCCUCAGCUGAGGACCUGUACAUGACCAGAGCUCUGAAGCUGAUGUCUGAGACGCCACUCAUUGAUGGCCAUAACGACCUGCCUUGGCAACUUCGAAAGCAAUUCAACAACGAGCUCAACAAAGUGGAUCUUAACACACUCGCAACAACACACACCAACAUCCCUAAGAUCAAAGAGGGACGGCUGGGAGCGCAGUUCUGGUCGGCCUAUGUUCCCUGUGAGAGUCAGUACAAAGAUGCUGUCAGACAAACACUGGAGCAGAUAGAUGUGGUUCACAGGAUGUGUCAAAAAUACCCAGAAACCUUCAUGUUUGCCACGAGUAGCCAAGACAUUAUGGAGGCCUUCAGCAUGAACAAGACAGCCAGUCUGAUUGGGGUGGAGGGGGGUCACUCCAUCGACAGCAGUCUGGGCACCCUGCGCACCAUGUACCAACUGGGGGUCCGCUACCUCACACUCACACACUCCUGCAACACACCCUGGGCGGAUAACUGGCUUGUGGACACUGGAUCAGAGCCAUCUCAACACAAUGGCCUGUCUCCAUUUGGCAAGCAACUAAUUGUGGAAAUGAACCGUCUGGGGAUGCUGAUUGACCUGGCUCAUGUGACUGUAACAGUGAUGAACCAGGUGCUGGACAUGUCUAAAGCUCCGGUCAUCUUCAGCCACUCCUCCGCCUACAGCGUCUGUCCACACAAGAGGAACGUCCCCGAUGAUGUCCUGCAGAGAGUGAAAGAAAAGGGAGGAAUCGUCAUGGUGAACUUCUUCAAUGACUAUGUGAAAUGCAGCAAGACCGCGACCCUCUCAGAUGUUGCUGAUCACUUUGACUAUAUAAAGAAAGUGGCCGGGGUGGGCAUCAUUGGUUUUGGCGGAGAUUACGACGGGGUUACCAGACUACCAGAGGGUCUGGAGGAUGUGUCUAAAGUUCCCAAAGUGGUGGCUGAACUGCUGAGGAGAGGAUGGACUGACGAGGAGGUCAAAGCUGCUCUGGGAAACAACCUGCUCCGUGUCUUAAGAGAGGUUGAGAAGGUGCGUGACACUCUGAAAGGCAUGAGUCCAGAUGAUGUUCCUAUUACAUAUGAUGAGGUGAAGAACUCGUGUAGGACGAGCUACGGUUACCACAACGCUGGAGCCGCCCAUUCACUCAGCACACUGGCCCUUCUGCCCACUCUGGCUCUACAGGCUCUUACCGCAUCAACAGCUUUAUAGCUUUAUGUACAUCAAGAGUUUGUCCAUGAAUACUAAUAAAAUCUGAAAACCUC